UCGCCUGGAAACCGGGAAACCCGUGGCAGCGAGUCGCGCGGCUGCGGUGGCUCCCGAGGGUGCAGGACCGGCGGCGGUCGUCCGAAGUUGGGGAGUGGCGUGGAGUGCUUACUCAUGUCGUUGGAGGACCGUGUCGGGGAGCUGUUGCUCUUACCUAGCUGUGACACAUCCCGAGACGGGCGAGUACAGGAUGCAUACGUGGUGGCGUUAGCGUCUUUGUGCUACAAAGUUGGGGUUUGCGGGGCCACCGGCAUUGCAGUGAAAUGUCUGCUGGAAAUGGCCAGGGCCGUUCCCCCAUCAGCUGGAAUUCGGAGAGGGAGUGGACUUCCAAGGAACUUCACACUUUGUCGCUUUUUUGUAUCCUUUAAAGCAAUGCAUAUAAAGCCAUGCUAGGGGUUUAACUUAAUAGCUUCCCAUUUUGACUAUUUCUUGGUUCCUUUCCAAAUAUUAAUUUGGGAUUAUUGUAUGUUUUCUCUUUGCUUUCAGAUUCCUCUUCUAGUUACAGUAGACCUAUCUGUGCUGUCACGCCCCUCACCAUGCACACGCGAGUGUGUGCACGGGCACAAACACACACAUGCACAUGCAGUUCCCCUGAGAUGGAAAUGAGUUCAUUUGUGUUAGGGCAGCCCCUGUGUGCACCGGAAGAAAGGCCUCGAAGUAGAGGAAAAAUUACAGUGGAAGAUGAGGACAGCAUGGAUGGACUGGAGACAACAGAAACAGAAAAUAUUGUGGAAACAGCAGAAAUCAAAGAACAGUCUGCAGAAGAGGAUGCUGAAGCGGAAGUGGACAUCAGCAAACGGCCAGUCCCAGUCCUCGAGCGCUCGGUGUCUGAGGACUCUGCGAGCUCCCUGGUCUCUGUUGGUGUAGAAGUCAAAAUCAGUGAACAGCUCUGCGCUUUUUGUUACUGUGGUGAAAAAAGUUCCUUAGGACAAGGAGACUUAAAACAAUUUAGAGUAACGCCUGGGUUUAUCUUGCCGUGGAAAAGCCAGCCUUUUAACAAGAAGGACAUUGAUGACAGCAGCAAUGGAACCUGUGACAAAAUACAAAACUCAGCAUCACGAAAACAAAGAGGACAGAGAAAAGAACGAGCUCCUCUACAGAAUAUAGUAUCUUGUGUAAGUGUGAGCACGCAGACUGCUUCGGAUGACCAGGCUGGUAAAUUAUGGGAUGAACUCAGUCUGGUUGGCCUUCCAGACGCCAUUGAUAUCCAAGCCUUAUUUGAUCCUACAGGCACCUGCUGGGCCCAUCACCGUUGCGUGGAGUGGUCGCUGGGAGUGCGCCAGUUGGAGGAGCCGUCACCGGUGAGCGUGGACAAAGCUGUCGUCUCAGGGAGCACAGAGCGAUGUGCAUUUUGUAAGCACCUUGGAGCCACUAUCAAAUGCUGUGAAGACAAGUGCACCCAGAUGUACCAUUAUCCUUGUGCCGCUGGAGCUGGUACCUUCCAGGACUUCAGGAACUUCUUCCUUCUGUGUCCAGAGCACAUCGACCAAGCUCCUGAGAGAUCAAAGGAAGAUGCAAACUGUGCAGUGUGCGACAGCCCGGGAGACCUCUUAGAUCAGUUCUUUUGUACUACUUGUGGUCAGCACUAUCAUGGAAUGUGCCUGGAUAUAGCGGUUACUCCAUUAAAACGUGCAGGUUGGCAAUGUCCUGAGUGCAAAGUGUGCCAGAACUGCAAACAAUCGGGAGAAGAUAGCAAGAUGCUAGUGUGUGAUACGUGUGACAAAGGGUAUCAUACUUUUUGUCUUCAACCAGUUAUGAAAUCAGUACCAACCAAUGGCUGGAAAUGCAAAAAUUGCAGAAUAUGUGUAGAGUGUGGCACACGAUCUAGUUCUCAGUGGCACCACAAUUGCUUGGUAUGUGACAGUUGUUACCAACAACAGGAUAACUUAUGUCCUUUCUGUGGGAAGUGCUACCAUCCAGAAUUGCAGAAAGACAUGCUUCACUGUAAUAUGUGCAAGAGAUGGGUUCACUUAGAAUGUGACAAACCAACAGAUCACGAGCUGGAGUCUCAGUUCAAAGAAGAGUAUAUCUGCAUGUAUUGUAAACACUUAGCUGCUGAAAUGGACCCCUUACAGCCAGGUGAUGAAGUGGAGAUGGCCGAAGUCACUACAGAUUGUAAUAAUGAAAUGGAAGUUGAAGGACCUGAAGACCAUAUGGUAUUUCCAGAGCAAGUAGUUAACGAAGACAUCAGUGGUCAGGAGUCCACACCUGGAAUUGUUCCAGAUGGAGUUCACAUCCAUACAGAAGAGCAGCUGAAGAGUAACUCACCAGAAAGUCUCGACACACAUGAUCUUCUCAUUUCUGAAUCCUCCCAAGACAAAAUGAAUCCUGCAUUGGAAAAUCAGAUUUCUCUAGAAGCCGAUAGUGAAAAAAUGGAAAUGUCUUCUAAAGUGAUGCAUAUUUGUGAUGAAAAUCAAAAUGAAAACAAAAUGGAAGUGACAGAAAACGUUGACGUCCUUACACACCAGAUCACUGUGCGGCACGAGGAUCUGCAGCUAGAGGAACCCAAAAUGCUGGCAUCCGCAGAAGAAUCACGGCCUCCGAAAUUGUCCAUUGAAUCUGCCACUGGUCCCCCAGAGGCCCUAAGGUCCCCGUGUGAGGAAAGUACUUCUUUAUGUUCUAAGGAACAUUUGGCUGUCGAAAGGGUACCAGAAGCGAUGGAACAGAAAGAAAGUUCUGAAUCUUCCGCUGUGUUUAUGGACUUUGAAAUGGCCCCUGUAGUUGAGAGUUGUGUGAAAGAUGGUUUAUGCCAAGAAGACAAAUCUGUAAAAUUACCAUCGGAGACAGAGUUGUCAUUUUCGUCAGCGGCAGGCGUAAGCAAGGCAAAUGCGUCUUCCUCUCCACUCUCUUCAGACUUGCCUUCCCAGGACACACUGCAUAGCUACCCUUCAACCCUCAGUGCUUCUGUUGGAAACAUUAUGCCAACGACUUACAUCUCAGUCACUCCAAAAAUUGGCAUGGGUAAACCAGCUAUUACCAAAAGAAAAUUUUCUCCUGGUAGACCUCGGUCCAAACAGGGGGCUUGGAGUACCCAUAAUACAGUGAGCCCACCUUCCUGGUCCCCAGACAUUUCAGAAGGUCGGGAAAUUUUUAAACCCAGGCAGCUUCCUGGCAGUGCCAUUUGGAGCAUCAAAGUGGGCCGUGGGUCGGGAUUUCCGGGGAAGCGGAGACCUCGUGGUGCAGGACUGUCAGGACGAGGCGGCAGAGGCAGGUCAAAAUUGAAAAGUGGAAUCGGAGCAGUUGUGUUACCUGGGGUGUCUGCUGCAGAUCUUUCGUCGAAUAAGGAUGAAGAAGAAAACUCUAUGCAUAAUACAGUGGUGUUGUUUUCUAGCAGUGACAAGUUCACCUUGCAUCAGGAUAUGUGUGUAGUUUGUGGCAGCUUUGGCCAAGGAGCAGAGGGAAGAUUACUUGCCUGCUCUCAGUGUGGUCAGUGUUACCAUCCAUACUGUGUCAGUAUUAAGAUCACUAAAGUGGUUCUUAGCAAAGGUUGGAGGUGCCUCGAGUGCACUGUGUGCGAGGCCUGUGGGAAGGCCACUGACCCCGGAAGACUCCUGCUGUGUGAUGACUGUGACAUAAGCUACCACACCUACUGCCUCGACCCUCCUCUGCAGACCGUGCCCAAAGGAGGCUGGAAGUGCAAAUGGUGCGUGUGGUGCAGACACUGUGGGGCAACGUCUGCAGGCCUGAGAUGUGAAUGGCAAAACAAUUACACACAGUGUGCUCCCUGUGCAAGCUUGUCUUCCUGCCCCGUCUGCUAUCGGAACUAUCGAGAAGAAGAUCUUAUUCUGCAAUGCAGACAAUGUGACAGAUGGAUGCAUGCGGUUUGUCAGAACUUAAAUACUGAAGAGGAAGUGGAAAAUGUAGCCGACAUUGGUUUUGAUUGUAGCAUGUGCAGACCCUAUAUGCCUACGUCAAAUGUGCCUUCCUCAGACGGCUGCGAAUCUUCACUUGUAGCACAGAUUGUCACGAAAGUGAAAGAGCUAGAUCCACCCAAGACAUACACCCAGGAUGGUGUGUGUUUGACCGAAUCAGGGAUGACUCAGUUACAGAGCCUCACAGUUACAGUUCCACGAAGAAAACGGUCCAAACCAAAGUUGAAGUUGAAGAUUAUAAACCAGAAUAGUGUGGCCGUCCUUCAGACCCCUCCGGACAUCCAAUCAGAGCAUUCAAGGGAUGGAGAAAUGGAUGAUAGUCGAGAAGGAGAACUUGUGGACUGUGAUGGGAAAUCAGAAUCUAGUCCUGAACGGGAAGCUGUGGACGAUGAAACGAAGGGGGCGGAAGGAACAGACGGUGUGAAAAAGAGAAAAAGGAAACCGUACAGACCAGGUAUCGGUGGAUUUAUGGUACGGCAAAGAAGUCGAACCGGGCAAGGAAAAACGAAAAGAUCUGUCAUUAGAAAAGAUUCUUCAGGCUCUAUUUCUGAGCAGUUACCUAACAGAGAUGAUGGCUGGAGUGAGCACUUACCAGAUACACUAGUUGAUGAAUCUGUUUCUGUUACUGAAAACACUGAAAAAAUAAAGAAGAGAUACCGAAAAAGGAAAAAUAAGCUUGAAGAAACGUUCCCUGCCUAUUUACAAGAAGCUUUCUUUGGAAAAGAUCUUCUAGAUACAAGUAGACAAAACAAGCUAAGUUUAGAUAAUCUAUCAGAAGAUACGGCUCAACUUUCAUAUAAAACAAACAUGAACACAAAUUUCUUGGAUCCUUCCUUAGAUCCACUGCUUAGUUCAUCAUCAACUCCAGCAAAACCUGGAACCCACGGUACGACUGAUGACCCCUUAGCUGAUAUUUCUGAAGUCUUAAACACAGAUGAUGACAUUCUUGGAAUAAUUUCAGAUGACCUUGCAAAAUCAGUUGAUCAUUCAGGUCUUGAUUUAUGCACUUUCCAGGUUGAGAGCUCACCUUUUCCAUUUGCCGGCAUAGAUAUUGGUCCUGUCGCUGAUGAUGCAUCGUCUUUGCCUCAGCCAAGUGUCAAUCCCAGUUCACGACCACUAAGUGAAGAGCAGCUAGAUGGAAUCCUCAGUCCUGAGCUAGACAAAAUGGUCACAGAUGGAGCAAUUCUUGGAAAGUUAUAUAAAAUUCCAGAGCUUGGAGGGAAGGAUGUUGAAGACUUGUUCACCGCUGUGCUUAGUCCUGCGACCGCCCAGCCGACCCCGCUAGCACAGCCUCCCCCACCGCCUGCACCUCAGCUGCUGCCCAUACACAGCCAGGGUAUGUCACCUCUAGAAAAGUUCCAUGUGUUUUCGCGGAUGCCACUCAUGAAUGGCCUUAUUGGACCCAAUCCUCACCUCCCACAUAAUUCUUUGCCUCCUGGAAGUGGAUUGGGAACUUUCUCUACUGUAGCACAAUCCCCUUACACUGAUACCAGGGAUAAAAAUCCAGCAUUUCAUCCGAUGGCAAGUGAUCCUAACAGCUCUUGGACGUCAUCCGCUCCCACGGUGGAGGGAGAGAACGAUACAAUGUCAAAUGCCCAGAGAAGCACGCUGAAAUGGGAGAAGGAGGAGGCUCUGGGUGAAAUGGCAACAGUAGCACCUGUUCUCUACACAAACAUCAAUUUCCCCAGCCUGAAGGAGGAAUUCCCUGACUGGACGACGAGAGUGAAGCAGAUUGCCAAGCUGUGGAGAAAAGCGAGCUCGCAGGAAAGAGCGCCUUACGUGCAAAAAGCCAGAGAUAACAGGGCUGCUUUACGCAUUAAUAAAGUACAGAUGUCAAAUGAUCCCCUGAAGAGGCAGCAACAGCAAGACAGCAUCGAUCCUGGCUCUCGCAUUGAUUCGGACCUUUUUAAAGAUCCGUUAAAGCAAAGAGAAUCGGAACAUGAACAGGAAUGGAAAUUUAGACAGCAAAUGCGCCAGAAGAGUAAGCAGCAAGCCAAAAUCGAAGCCACGCAGAAGCUCGAACAGGUGAAGAACGAGCAGCAGCAGCAGCAGCAGUUUGGCGCGCAGCCCCCCGUGGCCCCGUCCGGCUCGGACACGCCGAGCAACGGCAUACAGAGCCCCCUGACCCCCCAGCCUGGCAACGGGAACGCGUCUCCUGCGCAGGCGUUCCAUAAGGACCUGUUUCCGAAGCAGCUCCCCGGCGCCCCCUCGUCCACGUCGUCAGACGACGUGUUCGUGAAACCGCAGGCUCCUCCCCCGGCUGCAGCCCCGGCCCGAGGCCCCGUCCAGGAGAGUCUGUCACAGCCUCAGACCUGUCAGCCCCCUUCACCACAGGUGUUUUCAGCUGGGUCCGCUCACUCCCGGCCACCCUCCCCAGUGGAUCCUUAUGCAAAAAUGGUUGGGACUCCGAGACCACCUCCUGGGGGCCACGGGUUUUCCAGAAGAAAUUCCACUGCCCUGGUGGAAAACUGUGCUCCUCUGCCCCCAGUCCCCAGGCCUGCUCCGGUGAGUGAGGCCACGGCAAAUAGGCCGUCCCCAGUCAGAGACUUCUGUGCUUCCUCCACGGCAAAUGGUGACCCCUAUGCAAAGCCUCCAGACACGCCCAGGCCUACGAUGACCGACCAGUUUCCCAAGCCCUCGGGCCUCCCCCGGUCUCCGGUGGUUGCCGAGCAGACUGCAAAAGGCCCUCUGGCAGCUGGCACCAGCGAUCACUUCAGCAAACCGUCUCCCAGGGCAGAUGUGUUCCAGAGACAGCGGAUUCCUGACCCGUACGCCCGGCCCUUGUUGACACCCGCACCUCCCGACGGUGGCCCUGGGCCCUUCAAGGCUCCGAUGCAGCCCCCUCCACCUUCCCAGGACCCCUAUGGGCCGGUGUCGCAGGCACCAAGGCGACUGUCUGUGGACCCUUACGAGAGGCCUGCGUUCGCACCGAGACCUGGAGAUAACUUUUCUCACAGCCAGUCAGGUGGCCCGUACAGCCAGCCUCCCCUGACCCCACAUCCGGCAACAAAUGAGUCUUUGGCCCAUCCCUCAAGGGCUUUUUCCCAGCCUGGUACCAUGUCAAGGCCGACAUCUCAGGACCCGUAUUCCCAGCCCCCAGGGACUCCACGCCCUGUUGUAGAUGCUUACCCCCAACCCUCGGGAACAUCUCGCUCCAACCCAGACCCCUACUCUCAACCUCCUGGAACUCCCCGGCCCGCCACGAUUGACCCCUACAGUCAGCAGCCGCCAACCCCAAGGCCGCCUACACAAGCAGACUUGUUUGUGCCGCCGGCCGCGAACCAGAGGCAUUCGGACCCCUAUGCGCAUCCCCCUGGAACACCACGACCUUACUCUCAGCCACCAGCAGCACCAAGGCCAAGGAUUUCAGAGGGUUUUCCUCGGUCCUCGAUGACAAGACCGGUCCUCAUGCCAAAUCAGGAUCCUUUCCUGCAGGCAGCACAAAAUCGAGGAGCAGCUUUAUCCGGUCCAUUGAUAAGGCCGCCUGAUACAUGUUCCCCAAGUCCUAGGCCACCUGGACCUAGUCUUUCAGAAACUUUCAGCCGAGUUUCCCCGUCUGCCACUCGGGAUGCGUAUGAUCAGCCUCCAAUGACUCCAAGAACUCAGUCUGACUCUUUUGGAACAAGUCAAGUUGCCCAUGAUGUUGGUCAGUCAAGGCCUGGAUCAGAGGGGAGCUUCAGCGCGCCUUCAAACUCUCCAAUGAGUUCUCAAAGCCAACAAUUUUCCAGCGUCUCCCACCUUCCUGGACCUGUACCAACUUCCGGGGUCACUGAGACGCAGAGUACCGUAAACAUGUCGCAAGCAGAUACAGAGAAAUUGAGACAGCGGCAGAAGUUACGUGAAAUCAUUCUCCAGCAGCAACAGCAGAAGAAGAUGGCAGGUCGGCAGGAGAAGGGGUCCCAGGAUGCAGUAGCGGGGCCUCUUCCAGCGCCCCUGCAGCACUGGCAGCCGGACAGCAUCAGCCAGGCUUUUGCUAGGGCUCCGCCCCCCUAUCCCGGGAGCAUCAGAUCUCCUGUUGUCCCUCCUCUGGGACCCAGAUACGCAGUUUUCCCAAAAGAUCCACGUGGACCCUAUCCUCCUGAUGUUACUGGUAUGGGGAUGCGACCUCACGGAUUUAGAUUUGGAUUUCCAGGAGGUAGUCAUGGUACCCUGUCAAGUCAGGAACGCUUCCUUGCACCUCCUCAGCAAAUACAGGGGUCUGGAGCUCCUCCACAGCUGAGAAGAUCGAUGUCCGUAGACAUGCCGAGGCCUUUAAAUAACUCGCAGAUGAAUAACCCAGUUGGCCUCCCUCAGCAUUUUCCACCACAGAGUCUGCCGGUUCAGCAGCAUAACAUACUGGGUCAAGCUUUUAUUGAACUGAGGCAUAGGGCGCCCGAUGGAAGGCCGCGGCUGCCCUUCACUGCUCCUCCCGGCAGUGUUCUAGAGGCACCUUCUCAUCCAAGACAUGGAAACUUCAUUCCCCGGCCAGACUUUCCAGGCCCUAGACACGCAGAGCCCUUGAGACGACCUUCUCAAGGCCUGCCAACCCAGCUACCUUUGCAUCCAAAUUUGGAACAAGUGCCACCAUCGCAGCAAGACCAAAGCCAUCCCGCCCAUUCAUCUUCUAUGGUCAUGAGGUCCCUGAGUCAUCCCUUAGGUGGUGAAUUCCCAGAGGCCUCUUUGUCAACAUCUACACCAGCUGAAACAGCAUCUGAUAAUUUACAGAUAACCACCCAGUCUUCUGAUGGUCUUGAAGAAAAACUCGAUACUGAUGACCCAUCUGUAAAGGAGCUAGAUGUUAAAGACCUCGAGGGAGUGGAAGUCAAAGACUUGGAUGAUGAAGAUCUCGAAAAUUUAAAUCUAGACACAGAGGACGGCAAGGGAGAUGAAUUGGACACUUUAGGUAAUUUGGAAACUAAUGACCCCAACCUGGAUGACCUCUUAAGGUCAGGAGAAUUUGAUAUCAUUGCGUACACAGAUCCAGAACUUGACCUAGGAGAUAAGAAAAGCAUGUUUAAUGAGGAACUAGACCUUAAUGUUCCCAUCGAUGAUAAGAUAGAUAAUCAGUGUGGGUCUGUUGAGCCAAAAAUGAAGGAGCAGGAAGACAAGACUGUGGUUCCUUCUGAUAAACCUUCUCCGUGGAAAAAAUCCACUGGUACCGGUGAGAUAAAAACAGAAGUACUGUCUCCGGAUUCUAAAGGGGAAGGCAGAUGUGAAAGUGAGAAAAGCAAUGAGAGUAAAGACAACGUCGGCACCCCCAGCUCACAGGCUUCAGCUCACACAGAUGUCAGUGACGGAGAAAAGGCUGUCCCGCAGCCCUGCGACACGGAUCUGCUGGAGAAGAGAACCCCCCGAGAAGCCACUGGCUCCACCCCAGGUGUCCGCGGCUCCGCGCAGCUGCCUGCGGAAGACGUGAUGAACUCUUGCGGCAUAACCGCAUCAACUCCCGUUCUCUCGAGUUUACUUGCUAAUGAAAAGUCUGAUAACUCAGACGUCAGGCCCCUGGGGUCCCCUCCACCCACGCUGCCAGCCUCACCAUCCGGUCACCUGUCAAGUUUGCCGCCUCCUUUAAUGACACCGCCCGGGCACAUGUUGGAUAGUACCAUGAAUUCUAACGUGCCAGUAGUCUCUAGGGUAAACCACACUUUUCCUCAGGGCGUGCAGGUAAAUCCAGGAUUCGUUCAGGGUCAGUCACCAGUUAAUCACGGUUUUGGGACCGGAAAACCUGCAAAUCAAACUGUGCCUCUCACGAGCCAGUCUGGACCCCAGCAGCUGAUGAUCCCUCCCACGUUAGCCCAGCAGAGUAGAGAGAGGCCCCUCCUUCUGGAGGAACAGCCUCUGCUUCUGCAGGACCUUCUGGAUCAAGAGAGGCAGGAGCAGCAGCAGCAAAGACAGAUGCAAGCUAUGAUCCGCCAGCGGGCAGAGCCGUUUUUCCCUAACAUCGAUUUUGAUGCAAUUACAGAUCCUAUAAUGAAAGCCAAAAUGGUGGCCCUAAAAGGCAUAAAUAAAGUAAUGGCACAAAACAAUAUGGGCAUGCCACCCAUGGUUAUGAACAGGUUCCCCUUUAUGGGCCAGUCGGUGACCGGGGCGCAAACCAGCGAAGGCCAGAGUCUCCUCCCGCAGGCGAUGGCCCAGGAUGGCAGUAUAACACAUCAGAUUUCUAGGCCUAAUCCUCCAAAUUUUGGUCCAGGCUUUGUCAAUGAUUCACAACGUAAACAGUAUGAAGAAUGGCUUCAGGAGACCCAACAGCUUCUUCAGAUGCAGCAGAAAUAUCUCGAAGAACAAAUUGGCGCGCACAGAAAGUCUAAGAAGGCCCUUUCCGCGAAACAACGGACUGCAAAGAAAGCAGGGCGGGAAUUUCCAGAAGAGGAUGCGGAACAACUCAAGCAUGUUACGGAACAGCAGAGCAUGGUUCAGAAACAGCUAGAACAGAUCCGCAAACAGCAGAAGGAGCAUGCCGAGUUGAUAGAAGAUUAUCGGAUCAAGCAGCAGCAGCAGCAGCAGCAGUGCGCCAUGGCGCCGCCUCCCGUGAUGCCAGGGGUCCCGCCCCAGCCACCCCUGGUUCCGGGUGCCACCCCAGCUGCCAUGAGCCAGCCCAGCUUCCCCAUGGUGCCUCAGCAGCUGCAGCACCAGCAGCACGCGGUGAUUUCUGGUCACUCCAGCCCUGCGAGAAUGCCCGGUUUGCCGGCGUGGCAGCCUGCCAGUGCUCCUGCCCACCUCCCCCUCAAUCCUGCCAGGAUCCAGCCUCCCGUUGCCCAGUUACCAAUAAGAACUUGCACGCCGGCGCCAGGGACGGUGUCCAGUGCAAAUCCCCAGAGUGGACCGCCCCCACGGGUGGAGUUUGACGACAACAACCCCUUCAGUGAGAGUUUCCAGGAACGAGAGCGGAAAGAACGUUUACGAGAACAGCAGGAAAGACAGCGAAUCCAGCUCAUGCAAGAGGUGGACAGGCAACGGGCUCUGCAGCAGGGGGUGGGGGUGCCGCCGCAUGGCCCCAUGCGGUCCCAGCUUCCGUUCUACAGCUCCGACCUGCCUUGUGACUUUACCCAGCCGCCACGGCCCCUUCAGCAGUCUCCGCAACACCAACAGCAGAUGGGGCAGAGCGUCCAACAGGGAUCUCUUAAUUCCCCUCCCACCCCAACGUUCAUGCAAACCAGUGAGCGAAGGCAGAUAGGGCCUCCCUCGUUCGUUCCGGACUCGCCGUCAGUUCCUGGCGGAAGCCCCGGCUUCCAUUCUGUUAAGCAGGUACACGGAGGUCUUUCUGGGGCCAGCUUCCAGCAGUCCCCAGCGAGGCCUCCUUUUGCACCUGCAUUACCCGCGGCACCCGCAGUAGCUAGUGGCAGUCUCCCGUGUGGCCAAGACCCUGCCGCAGCCCACGGACAGAGUCACCCAGGGUCGACCCAGUCGCUCAUUCAGUUGUAUUCUGACAUAAUCCCAGAAGAAAAGGGGAAAAAGAAAAGAACAAGAAAGAAGAAGAAAGACGAUGAUGUGGAAUCCACCAAGGCACCAUCCACUCCCCACUCAGAUAUAACUGCUCCCCCCACCCCGAGUAUCUCAGAAACUACCUCCACGCCCACCGUGAACACACCCGGCGAGCUUCCUCAGCAAGGAGAACCCGAGUUGGUGGAACCCGUCUGCCCGUCGACUCCCGACACGGCCGCCGGCCAGCUGUGCGCAGAGUUAGAAAGCAGGCUGCCCCAGAGUGAGUUAGCUCAGGGAGCUCCAAACCGACCCGCCUUCGCGGAGGCGGAGGCGGAAAAGCACUCCGUGGAAACCCCUGCCUCCACGGAAGAGGUGGCGCUGGAGACCGCCGAGCCCCAGCAGUGCCCCGGCCAAGACGGGCCUGACCUGGAGGAACGAGCCGGAAAUAAGGUCGAGGAGAAAGCCGGGGCCGGUCCUGUCUCCUCAGGGCAGAGCCCUCCCCCUCCUGCCGGGGCCCCUGCUGCCAAAGGAGAUUCGGGCAACGAGCUUCUGAAGCAUCUGCUGAAAAAUAAAAAGUCAUCUUCCCUUUUGAGUCAAAAGCCUGAAGGCAGCUUUUGUUCGGAAGAUGCGUGUACGAAGGAUCACAAAGUGGUUGAGAGGCAGAACCCAGUCGAAGGAUUGCAAACUCUGGGGGCUCAGAUGCAAGGUGGUUUUGGAUGUGGCAGCAACCCCUUGCCAAAAACGGAUGGAGGAAGUGAGACCAAGAAACCGCGAAGCAAACGGACUCAGAGGGUGGGGGAGAAGGCCGCACCGCGCUCGAAGAAAAGGCGGAAGGACGAAGAGGAGAAACGCGCCUUGUCCUCUGCCACCGACACCUUUACGCACCUGAAGCAGCAGCUCUCUCUGCUCCCUCUAAUGGAACCAAUCAUUGGAGUGAACUUUGCGCACUUUCUUCCUUAUGGCAGUGGCCAAUUUAAUAGUGGGAACCGACUUCUAGGAACUUUUGGCAGUGCUACCCUUGAAGGGGUUUCGGAUUACUAUUCUCAGUUGAUCUACAAGCAGAAUAAUUUAAGUAAUCCUCCAACACCCCCUGCCUCUCUUCCUCCUACACCACCUCCUAUGGCUUGUCAGAAGAUGGCAAAUGGUUUUGCGACAACUGAAGAACUUGCUGGAAGAGCUGGCGUAUUAAUGAGCCACGAAGUUACCAAAAGUCUAGGACCGAAAGCAUUUCAGCUGCCCUUCAGACCACAAGACGACUUGUUAGCCAGAGCUAUCGCUCAGGGCCCGAAGACCGUCGAUGUGCCAGCCUCACUGCCGACACCGCCUCAUAACAAUCAGGAAGAAUUAAGGAUACAGGAUCACGCUGGUGGUCGGGACACUCCUGACAGUUUCGUUCCGUCGUCCUCUCCUGAGAGUGUGGUUGGGAUGGACGUGAGCAGAUACCCAGAUUUGUCGUCGGUCAAAGAGGAGCCCCCGGAGCCUGUGCCAUCCCCCAUCAUCCCGAUCCUUCCUAGCAGUACUGGCAAAGGUUUGGAAUCUAGAAGGAAUGACAUCAAGACUGAGCCUGGCACUUUAUUUUUCACACCGCCUUUUGGUUCCUCUCCAAACGGUCCCAGAUCGGGUCUUAUAUCUGUGGCAAUUACUCUGCAUCCUACAGCUGCUGAGAACAUUAGCAGCGUCGUGGCUGCGUUUUCCGACCUUCUCCACGUCCGAGUUCCUAACAGCUAUGAGGUCAGUAAUGGUCCAGAUGUUCCAUCCGUGGGUUUGGUCAGUAGCCACAGAGUAAACCCAGGCUUGGAGUGUCGACAGCAUAUAUUUCUUCGUGGGCCUCCGCCAGGAUCUGCAAACCCUCCCAGAUCAGCCAGCUCUUACCGGCUGAAGCCGCCCAGCGUGCCGUUCCGUCCAGCGAGCGAUGGUCUUUCUGGAUAUAAGGAUUCCGGUAUUGCAGAAGGCGCGGCCCUCAGACCACAGUGGUGCUGUCACUGUAAAGUGGUUAUUCUUGGAGGCGGCGUGAGGAAAUCUUUCAGAGAUCUCGCCUUCGUGAACAAGGAUUCCCGAGAAAGCUCCCACAGAGUCGAGAAGGACAUUGUCUUCUGUAGUAAUAACUGCUUCGUUCUUUAUGCCUCAUCCACACAAGCAAAAAACUCAGAAAGCAAGGAAUCCGCCCCUCCGUUGCCACAGUCGCCUGUAAGAGAGACGCCUUCCAAAGCGUUUCACCAGUACAGUAACAACAUCUCCACCUUGGACGUGCACUGCCUCCCGCAGCUCCAGGAAGAAGCUUCUCCCCCCGCGUCACCCCCCAUCACUUUCCCUCCGGCUUUUGAAGCAGCCAAAGUAGAGGCCAAGCCAGACGAGCUUAAGGUGACAGUCAAGUUAAAGCCUCGGCUAAGAACUGUCCACGGUGGGUUUGAAGAUUGUAGGCCGAUUAAUAAAAAGUGGAGAGGGAUGAAAUGGAAGAAGUGGAGCAUCCACAUUGUAAUCCCCAAGGGGACAUUCAAACCCCCUUGUGAGGAUGAAAUCGACGAGUUUUUGAAGAAGCUGGGCACGUCCCUUAAGCCUGACCCUGUGCCCAAAGACUAUCGGAAGUGUUGCUUUUGCCACGAAGAGGGUGAUGGAUUGACCGACGGACCGGCAAGACUGCUCAACCUUGACUUGGACGUGUGGGUCCACCUGAACUGUGCGCUGUGGUCCACGGAGGUCUAUGAGACCCAGGCCGGGGCCUUGAUAAACGUGGAGCUGGCGCUGAGGAGGGGCCUGCAGAUGAAGUGCGUCUUCUGCCAUAAAAUGGGCGCCACCAGCGGAUGCCACAGAUUUCGGUGCGCCAACAUUUACCACUUCACUUGCGCCAUUAAAGCACAAUGCAUGUUUUUUAAGGAUAAAACGAUGCUGUGUCCCGUGCACAAACCAAAGGGAAUUCACGAGCAGGAGCUGAGUUACUUCGCGGUCUUCAGACGGGUCUACGUUCAACGCGACGAGGUGCGACAGAUCGCUAGCAUCGUGCAGCGCGGAGAGCGGGACCACACCUUCCGCGUCGGAAGCCUCAUCUUCCACACGAUCGGCCAGCUGCUCCCACAGCAGAUGCAGGCGUUCCAUUCCCCCAAGGCGCUCUUCCCCGUGGGCUACGAGGCCAGCCGCUUGUACUGGAGCACCCGCUACGCCAACAGGCGCUGCCGCUACCUGUGCUCCAUCGAGGAGAAGGAGGGGCGCCCGGUGUUCGUCAUCCGAAUCGUGGAGCAAGGCCACGAAGACCUGGUCCUGAGCGACUCCUCCCCUAAAGGUGUUUGGGAUAAAAUUUUGGAGCCCGUGGCGUGUGUGAGAAAACAGUCUGAAAUGCUCCAGCUCUUUCCAGCAUAUUUAAAGGGAGAAGACCUGUUUGGCCUAACGGUGUCCGCGGUGGUGCGGAUCGCGGAGUCCCUGCCUGGGGUUGAGGCGUGUGAAAACUACACCUUCCGCUACGGCCGCAACCCUCUCAUGGAGCUUCCUCUUGCCGUUAACCCCACAGGCUGCGCCCGAUCGGAACCUAAAAUGAGUGCCCAUGUCAAGAGGUUUGUGUUAAGACCUCACACCCUGAACAGCACCAGCACCUCCAAGUCCUUUCAGAGCACGGUCACCGGCGAGCUGAACGCGCCCUACAGCAAGCAGUUUGUGCACUCUAAGUCCUCGCAGUACCGGAAGAUGAAGACCGAGUGGAAGUCCAACGUGUACCUGGCCCGGUCCCGCAUCCAGG